AUGGACCAAGCAGCCGCCCAACCCCGGAAGUGUCCGGGCCUGAAUUGCGAAAACGAUGCGUCGACAUUACAAUGUCCGAAAUGCAAGGAGAUGGGAGUUGACAGUUUCUUUUGUUCGCAAGACUGCUUCAAGCGAAGUUGGGCCGAGCAUAAAACAGUACAUAAGAGUACGAACCCGCUCCGCAACAUUUUCCCCCCGAGUGUCGUAUCUAAAGUUGAUCCAGAAACCGGCCACUACAACCCGUUCCCUACCUAUCCGUUCACCGGCUCUCUCAGACCUGUCUAUCCUCUGUCCCAGAAGCGCGAAGUUCCCAAAUCGAUACCGCACCCGGAAUGGUGGCAAGAUGGCAUGCCCCGAUACCCGUACGUGAGGAAAAACAACAUCCAAACAUUAGACGAGAAAGGGAUUGCGGGCAUGCGCAAGGUGUGCAGAUUAGCCAGAGAGGUUCUCGACAUUGCAGCGGCUGCUGCAAAACCGGGCGUCACGACCGACUACAUCGACGAGAUUGUCCACAAGGCCUGUAUAGAACGAAACUCAUACCCUUCACCCUUGAACUACAACCAUUUCCCAAAGUCUGUAUGUACGUCGGUCAACGAAGUCAUCUGCCACGGCAUUCCGGACCAGCGAGUCCUCCUCGACGGCGACAUUCUCAACAUCGACGUCACCCUCUACCAUGGAGGCUACCACGGUGAUCUCAACGAGACAUACUAUAUCGGCGACCAGUCCAAGGCGGACCCUGACAAUGUCCGACUGGUCGAAACCACGCGACAGUGUCUCGACAAGGCGAUCGAGCAUGUCAAGCCGGGUGUGAAGAUCAGCGAAUUCGGCGACAUCAUCGAGAAGCACGCCAAAUCCCAGAAUCUCAGCGUCGUCAAAACCUACUGUGGCCACGGCAUCAACUCGUUGUUCCACUGCGCGCCUAAUGUGCCGCACUAUGCGAAGAACAAGGCCGUGGGGAAGUGCAAGGCCGGCAUGACUUUCACUAUCGAGCCCAUGAUCUGUUUGGGCAGCUACCGCGACAAGACGUGGCCGGAUGACUGGACAGCCGUCACUUCUGAUGGCAGUCGCUCGGCCCAGUUCGAACACACCAUGCUUGUCACCGACGACGGCGUCGAGGUCCUGACUGCGCGGUUACCGGAUUCGCCUGGGGGGCCGAUCCCAAUCCCGGUAGCCACGAACGGCGAGGCCACAAAUGGCGAGACUGCAAAGGCUUGA